UUGCAACCUUUUCAUGACGUCGAUCCGGUUGUUUUGGUCCCCUCUCCCAGUCGGAGUCUCUUCCCACAGUCUACCGGAGCCGAAAUGGGUCUAUUCAUGCGGAGGCUCCGUCCUGCCGUGAGAACCACAACGCCCUUCGUCGGGUGCUCCGCGGUGCCCGACUGCUGCUUUAAACAGCAGCACUGACAUGGAAACCCCAUUGCAGCUGCACAACGAUUUCUUUCCAGAGCAGCAGCAGCAGCUCCAGCCCUGCAAGUACCAGCACUACUGCGGUCGGGAGGAUCGGCUCGGCAAGCAGCACGACCAGCGCUGCACCUGCAAUAGCUGCACCUGUGAUGCGCGGAAAAGCCUCGUCUUCCGCGGGACGUCGCCGACCACUGUGGGAACUUUAAGGACACCGUCGGAGGCGUCUUCGAGGCAGGGCUGCCAGUACAGCGUCUGUGAGUUCACACCCUCUAGUCAUGGUAGUUCAUCCAGACAUCAUCAUCCUCACCAUCAGCAGCAGCAGCAGCAGCAGCAGCAGCAGCAUUGCCGCGGUCGGCAGCGGGGCAGCCUGGGCAGCAGCCGCAAAGACAGCAACUCCUACAAUGAAAUAGCCAUGAGCAGCUGCAGAUACAACGGCGGCGUAAUGCGGCCGCUGAGCAACUUGAGCUCGUCCCGCAGGAACGUGCACGAGUUCGAUUCCGAGUCGCAGCCUUUGCAGCCCAUCUCAGCCGCAGACGCGUCGGACGCCCUCGUAUCCAAGCAGGAGAACAAUUCCACCACCCUGAUGCCGUACGCAUCGGGAGACGGCGGCGGCGGCGGCGGCGGCGGCGGCAAAUCGGGGAAAAAGAAAAACCAGAACAUUGGGGAGAAGCUGGGGCACCGGAGGGCCCUGUUCGAGAAAAGGAAGCGGCUCAGCGACUACGCGCUGAUCUUUGGGAUGUUUGGGAUCGUUGUUAUGGUUAUAGAGACUGAGCUCUCGUGGGGAGCCUAUGGAAAGGAGUCCUUGUAUUCAUUAGCUCUAAAAUGCCUGAUAAGCCUUUCUACAAUCAUUCUCCUGGGGCUGAUCAUCAUCUACCACGCCAGAGAGAUACAGCUCUUCAUGGUGGACAACGCGGCCGACGACUGGAGGAUAGCCAUGACGUACGAGCGCAUCUUCUUCAUCUGCCUGGAGAUCCUGGUGUGCGCCAUCCACCCCAUCCCAGGGAACUACACCUUCACCUGGACGGCGCGUCUGGCCUACACCUACGUGCCGUCCAAGACGGACGCGGACGUGGACAUCAUCCUGUCCAUCCCCAUGUUCCUGCGGCUGUACCUCAUCGCCCGCGUCAUGCUGCUGCACAGCAAGCUCUUCACGGACGCCUCGUCCCGCAGCAUCGGCGCCCUCAACAAGAUCAACUUCAACACGCGCUUCGUGAUGAAGACGCUCAUGACCAUCUGCCCCGGCACCGUGCUGCUGGUCUUCACCAUCUCGCUGUGGAUCAUCGCGGCGUGGACUGUGAGAGCUUGCGAGAGGUACCAUGACAACCAAGACAUAACCAGCAACUUUCUAGGAGCCAUGUGGUUGAUCUCAAUCACGUUUCUUACCAUUGGAUACGGGGAUAUAGUCCCAAACACAUACUGUGGGAAAGGCGUCUGCCUCCUGACAGGCAUCAUGGGCGCCGGCUGCACGGCGUUGGUGGUGGCCGUGGUGGCGAAGAAACUGGAAUUAACCAAAGCGGAAAAACACGUCCACAAUUUUAUGAUGGACACCCAGCUAACAAAAAGAGUGAAAAACACAGCUGCGAACGUUCUCAGGGAGACGUGGCUCAUCUACAAGAACACCAAACUGGUGCGGAAGAUGGACCACGCCAGAGUCAGGAAGCACCAGAGGAAGUUCCUCCAAGCCAUUCACCAAGCUCGAAAAUUGAGAAGUGUUAAAAUGGAGCAACGCAAGCUGAAUGACCAAGCAAACUCACUAGUGGACCUUGCUAAGACACAGAACAUCAUGUAUGACAUGAUAUCGGACUUGAACGAGAGAGGCGAGGACAUGGAGAAGAGGAUUGCUCUGCUGGAGACGAAGCUGGAGACGCUACUGAGCAACUUGCAGGCGCUGCCAGGACUCAUCAGCCAGGUCAUCAGCCAGCAGCACAGAGACUUCCUGGAGGUGCAGCUCCAGCCUUAUGACAAACACAGUCCCGAGCGCUCACAGUCAGUGUCCCGACGGAGAUCGUCCUCCACGGCGCCGCCCACCUCCUCCGAGAGCAGCUAGAGUCCAAGGGGAAUCCUUCCACAGAAGACUUUUGCCAUCAUAUGGCUGAGUUGCAUUUAUCGUAAAGCCUUAUGGUUUCAAUAAAUAAUAUCCGAAAUUCUGAUGACAGAAUCCAAGACACUGGGGACAAAGCAUUUUAGUGGAUAACUUCAUGCUGUUAUGUGUUUUUUAUUACCUCAAAAGAUGUUGUUAUCCUUGCUCCAGUGAUAUGACCACCAAUAAUGGCGUGUCCCUCAGUAAACACUAGGAGGCCUAUCGAUGGAGCUUUCAUGAGAACUCUUCUCCAUCUCUAUGCAGAGGUAGCUAGGUUUAAGUGUGAAAUUAUUGCACUAAAAUAGUGCUUCCCACAGACUUUGUGCUUCUGCCGGCUUGAUUCAGUCACUGUGUUCCUCAAAGCAAACUGAGGAACCACAGAGAAGUCAGUCAGGGAGCAUGACAGUGAUAUUGAGGAAAGUGCUAUGUUUGAUGGACUGGAGUGAACCGAGAACACAAGGCAGAUGAAAAGCGCUCAAACACACUGUCACUCAGAGAUAACUUAAAGAGCUUGAAAUGAGGAACAAAGCAUAUAUCUUUUAGGUUAGAAACAGCAUCAACUAUAGCAGUUUUCUUUUUGCAGAGUGCCCUGAUAGAAUGACUAUUUUUGGGGCGACAGUUCAAGUAAUUUAAUCCUCUAGUCAAAAUGAAUGCAUCAGAAUCUGUACUUGCACUUACUUUUUAAACAAUGCACUUCAAUGAUGACUGACAUAUGAUAUAAAGAUGCGUUGCUCAUUAAAAGAAGAACAUUUGAGAUGUU